GGCAGCAGGCUGAACGCUCACACAGACACAGCACUUUGGUGUCAAACACUUCGCGGGACUUGUCACUACAGAAGCGGUCACCCCGUUAAAACUACUCGCAGUUUAGAGGAGUCUACGAGGGCAACCAUGUCUGAUAGAAAGGCUGUGAUCAAAAAUGCUGACAUGUCUGACGACAUGCAGCAGGACGCUGUGGAGUGUGCUACACAGGCCCUGGAGAAGUACAACAUCGAGAAAGACAUCGCUGCAUACAUUAAAAAGGAGUUUGACAAGAAAUACAACCCAACUUGGCACUGCAUCGUUGGGAGGAACUUUGGCAGCUACGUGACUCAUGAGACCAAGCAUUUCAUUUACUUCUAUUUGGGUCAGGUGGCCAUUCUGCUGUUUAAGUCUGGCUGAGGGGGCACCGCCUCAACCCUCCUUGACCACACUGACUGACUUGGAAAAGGUUCUUAUCAUUCCUCGGCAAAGGGCCGUUGCCUUUUUUUCUGUUCUACUUUAUAUAUUGUUUUUGAGGAUAAAAGCCUGUUGUUCAAAAUGUCAAUAUAAAAGAGAAAAACAUGUAUUUAUUUUUGUCUUGUUACAGUAGACUUUUUUUUUUAAUUAAAGUUCAGCUGCCAAGCUGUUUGGGUUCA